GCUGCGCUGAGGCUUGUGUCCCCGGCGCCGCGGCUGGGGCGGGACGGAAGACGCGGGAAGGGCCCCUAGGGCGGGCUCGGGCGUGCGCGGCCCUCUAGGAAACUGAGGCAGUCAGGCGGAGAUGCGCGGGCGCCUUCCGGGGCACGUCGGCGGGCUGACGAACCCCGGGGAGACCUGCGUCGGCCCCCUUUGCUUAGAGAAGCACGAGCAGGAUAAAUAAAGAAAAAAGGGAACCCGUAGAUGUCUAUUUUCAAACUGCCGAAAGCCAAAAAUAAGAGAAAAACCCGGAGCUACCCCGGGGUAGGUUCCGCAGAUGGAGCGUGAGGCCGAGGGCCGUCCCCUGGGUGUGUUUAAGUGCCAGCUCUGUGCGCUGACAGCCCCCUACAGUUACGUGGGUCAGAAGCCCCCCGACACGCAGUCUGUCAUCCUUCUGGAGGAGAGUUACGUCAUGAAGGACCCCUUCACCCCAGACAAGGGCAGAUUCCUGGUCCUCGGCUCUCGGUGCAGUUUGUGCAGCCGGCUGGUGUGUGUGGGCCCGGAGUGCAGUUUAUUCUAUUCCAAGAGAUUUUGCCUCCCCUGUGUCCGGGAGAACCUUGAUGCCUUCCCUCGGGAAAUCCGGCAAGACUUGGAGAAAAGGAAAGGUCCAUCCAAGAGGCCUGCCAGCCAGCCUGGUUCUCAGACGUGAGCGCAGCUGGGCACCAGUACCCGGCGCGGCGCUCCCGGGCCCCGCAGGCCUCUGCAGCUGGGUCGGGGAGGGGGCUGGGCUGGGAGCUGCUGUGCCCAGCCUUUCUCGGGGCCAUCGAGAGCAGCGCUGGGGGCUGGAGGGAGCUGGGGUUCUGCCUGCGGCAGCAAGAGAACAAGAAGCCACGCAGAAAAGGCACCCAGAGGGCCGACCUCAGACCAGACGUCCUGCGGACCUAGUCGUGUUCAGAGCCGCCCUUGACGCCGAGACCACAGGGCGGGAACUGAGCCACGGGGCUGGGGCUGCCGGCCCUUCCGCUGUCCUUCCGGACCUGGGGCGCAGGGUCUUCCUGCAGGGUCAUCCCUUGGCUGGUUCCUGCUCACUCCCGGCUGGCCCGAGGGCCCUUCUCACACUCCUCAGGUGCCAUGCUGCUCCACCCAGCCCCGAGGGCACAGAAGCCAAGGGACAGGGCUCCGGUCUUGGCCCAGGUCAUGCAGUCACUGCUCACGCGGAGGCAGGAGGGCUGGGCUGGGGCCUCCCGGUCCCUGGAAGUGACUGUGAAGAUGUUACUCGGCAGGACAGGAGUCCUUUAGCUGCCGGAAGGUGCCCGGGUGUGCGAAAGAUUAGUGGGUCUGGGGACAGUAGGAUUUCACUUCCCAUCCUUGCGAUGCUUAGCAAAUGUUUUUAAUCUCGAUUGUGUUAGAUUUAUAAUUAAAAAACCAGAGAACCAGUUAAUGUUCUGGAAAGUAAUCCUUCCCCUGAAACAUACCCGAAGCAGCUGUUCUCCGUGGCACUCUGGGUCUAGCCAGGGGGUGGGGGUUGGGUGUUGCCACUUCCGGCCUUUUCUGUCCCCUCAGGCUCUGGCUCCAGCCCUAGGGAGAGGAAUGCCUUCUCUUUGCCUUCCCUUCCCUCACUCAGCUCUCAAAACUUCCUGGAACUCAGCACCAACCUUCAGGAAACUGUAGGCUGCCCCGGGGCACUCCUCCCCCAUAGGCACCCCCGCCCUCCCCGCCCCCAGGUGGUGACACAUUUACCAAGGCUUCCAGGGUGGAACUGGCAGUCUCACCUCUAAGUCCUGCAAGGCCAGCUUACUGGCAGGGAGAAUGUCAGAUGUGUGUUUGAGGAGAGAAUGAAUAAAGACCUUUUUUUUAUUGGUU